CCAUCAUCAGCUGCGACGUCUGUGAAACAAAAGCCUCGGUCCAGAAGGAGUGUCCAAUCCGCAACUGGCCAGAUUUCCCUGCCGGGACCACAUCCCGGAAUAUCCGGACCAUUUGUGUGUGUGUGUGUGCUGUGGAACCUGGUGAAAAAAAAAGAAUUUCAAUUUUGCGUGUGGGGCUUCUUCCUUUGCAUCCGUGGAGGAGGAGACCGUGAAGGAAGAAAAAAAAAACAAAAUGGAUUAGCGCCCCACUCUUGCAGUCUGCGUUCCGGAAGGUCAUCUCGCGCAAGUUUACGGGCUGCGGGUAAUCAUCCGGACGCCACAAUUUGGCCUCUGGCAAAGGUUUUGACGUUCCAAACGGUGUGUCGACGUCGGCAACCUUUUGCCGAUGGUCCGUCGGAGUGUGUGACUCAACCAGCAGGUUGCAAAACGAAAAGAAAAAAAAAAGAUAUUGUUAUUGACGUCGUAGGAAAUGUGCAGUCAAGUGAAAAUUAAUCAAUUCUAACUCUUGUGUUGUGGCGUUUGGUUUUUUUGGGGAUUCGAAAUUUAAAUUCGUAAUCCGGAAGAAAGGAAAGAUAAUGGGCAGCAUGAGUAACGGAACGGAUCCCGACGGAAGUGGGGGUGGAAGUGCUGGUGGUGGUGGCGGCGGCGGCGGAGCCACCGGCGAUGGCGAUGGCCAAGCUGCUGCGGCGUCCGGUCGCUUUCAGCCCGAUAGUUUGCGGGACAUUCUAGACACGGCGAUACAAUCCGAGUUUGAACCGGUUGAGGUGCCAGAUCUGGACCUGGAGCCGCCCCUCUUCGCGAGCGGAUCUUCCUCCUCGCACGAUCUGCUGCCGCAGCUGUUCGUGCCGCGAAUGCACCGCACAACCAGUAGUCUGUACGACUCGAUUCCGUACUACCCGCCGACGGUGGCCGCCCUCAUGGAACCCGUUGCGGCCCGCACCAACUUUGGCCUGUUUGGUCCGACUCCGUUCGGGUACUUUCCACCGCAUCAUCACCACCACCACCACCAUCAUCACCAGGGGGCGGGGGCGUCGUCAUCGGCUGCGGGUCCUCCGGCAUCGCUGCUGACGACCACUUCGUCCUCGAGUCGCUACUCCCCAACGGCGCCGAUGUAUCUUCCUUCGGCGAGGUUGCCGCAGCAGCAGUACCGGGUGCCCCCGAUGGUCAACAUCGAGAGCGACGGGACCAACUCGGCCAUUCGGUCACGUUCCUUCUCGCGGCGUCCUCCCCAGGACGACGAGUGGAACGGCAGCUAUUCGCCGCACUAUUCGUCCGGACGGUCGUCCGGGUACAACCGCAAGCGUCACCACAACUGCGAGGUGGCCAAUCGACCAAAGAAGCCGGCGCACGUGAGCGGUCCGUCGCCACCGGCGCCCGAUCACAGCAGCGGCAGGGUCAUCAAGCGGGAACCAACAACGCGACCGCCGCGGCAGCAGCCAAUCAAAACGGAACCGGUCGAGCAGCAGUCGUCGACGCCAAGAGCUGUGAUCAAGAAGGAGGAAGGGAAUGCAACGGUUAAGAUUGAAGGCGGUCCGCCAUGCUCGUGCGAGGUUUGCUUUCCCAGCUUGGGCGAGGACCGGAAGCCGUCGAAAAGUUGCUGCUCCAGGUGUUUGAACAAGCCGCCAGUGGUGAAAUCCGAGCCAAAGAAAGAACCUGCUGAGGAGCAAGUCGGCGCCGUUAAGCAGGAAGUGAUAUCGGUCAAACAGGAAGCGGAGGUGAAGCAGGAACCGGCUGCGGUGGCGGACGUGGUGACGGCUCCUUCGGAGGAACCGAUGCCCGGUCCGAGUGGGUUGAAUCGGCGCAACGCAACGGAUUUGUUCGCGCCGGAGCCGUCCCGUCCUCGGCGGUAUUACAACAGUGAUGAUUCGAGCGACGAUGAAGACGAUGACGACGACGAUGAUGACACGGAUGGCGAGGGGAAUCUGAGCGGUCUCACCAACGUGGAGGUGGACGCGGUCAACACGACUGAAAUAAUACAGGAAGCGGAAGAGGGCGGCCAAAGUGGCGUGCUGGUGAUAAAUUCUAGUACAAGCAGUGUGGAAGAAGACGAGAAACCACGAGCGAGCGACGUACUCUCGGCACCGGAUUUGCAGCUGGACUGGGUUACGGACACGAGCAGCAUCAGCGACGAAAGUGACGUCGUGUUAAUCGAUCAUCAGGCGGACGACGAAGAGCGCGAACCGAUCGAUCUGACCAACUCGGAUGACGAGCGGGAGUUGGGGGGACGGCGCGAUCGGGAUCGUGACCGAAGUGGUGACCCCGGGUACAAUGGUGGAACGCUGUUUGGAAGACGAAGACCGCUGUACGCGACCGGAAUGAUGCUACCCAGCCGACCAACGCUCUACCUUCCGUGCGGAAGUCCCGUGGCCAGAAGUUCAAGCAUGUUUCAAGGUUCAUCGAUGCCCCACACUCACCAUCCGCCGACCUCGCACACGCACCACGUUCCGUCGGUGCCCCCACGCCACCAUCACCAGCAACACUCCCCCAAUUUCUCCCAGCGAUCCUCGUUCCGGCAGAACUUUCAACGUUCCUUUAACUCACCGGAAGGCAGCAGCAACAACGGAUCGUUCAACGGGUUCGUUGUCCGUCGUGGCGCGGCAGGAAGCAGUCGUCCGGUGCGGCAAGAUCCCACCCAGAUGCGACCUUCCCAGGUGUUGUCCACGACGUACCCGGUCAUGUGCCAAAUACCCCCCUCAGAAGCUCCCCCCGUCGAAGUCGACGAGAACCGGGAUGCCGGUGCGGUCAUCGACAACACCAGCAGCGGCAGCUUCAGCCGGGCCAACGUGUGGACGCCACCCGGCGGGGGAAGGUUCUCGUCCGGGUUUCAUCACGGCAGUAGUGGCGCUGCCAACGAAUCCGACCCAAUCUCUCACGCCCCCAUCGAUUACUCCAACCGACUGGGUCAAACUGGCGGCGUAGACACUCCUCCAUCAGCAUCCAGCAACGGCCGUGGAAUGCGCUUCAACGAUGACAACAACAACCAGUCGUCCUCCGCCGGAUACGAGUCCGGUCGGCAAGCACCGGCACCCGCCGGAAGUAACGAACAUCAGCGCAGCUAUCGAAGUUACGGCCACUCGAACCGUAACCGGUACAUCCAUUCCGGCGGUGUCCGUCCCCCGUACGCGGUCCACGAGAACCUGUGGCACCGGCAGCACAACAUCCAGGAGGUCCACCGGCGCACAAUGAUGUGGGGAGCCGGCGGAGGCGCCGACGUGCUCAACGACUACAACGAACGCAUGUCGCCGCACCACGGAGCGCUCCGCUCGCGCAACAAUCUCAUCAACUCGUCCUACAACAGCGGGGCCGGCUCCAGUCCUGUGCACUCCGGCGGGCCCGGACAGGCUGGAUCGGCGGCGGCGCGCAACGAGCUGUUCGAUGACGGAGGGCCGUACUGGUCGACGGAUCGUAGCUUCAACCAGCACGCGUCGGCCGGCCACAGCUACCAGCAGGAUCUGCGCGUGUUCAACCACCGACCGCGGCGGGUUUCGUACCACACGACCGUGUACCCGCCGAUGAGGCGCAACGACCAUCAGCACGUGCACCACAUUCACCACUUCCAGCCGCAGUCGAUGCUGAAUAGCGCGGCGGUGCACUUUAGCAUCGGGCUCCGUCCGAGUCUGCUGUCCAGCUUGAACCGGUUCGUCCGGGUCAUCGAGGAGAACUGCACAAACCGAGGUGCCACGCAGGAAAUGAUCGAGCACAACACCUUUCCCCACAAGUACAAGCGACUGCGCCGGGCCAGCGAAACCGACGAGGACAGCGAAAAGUGCACCAUCUGCCUGUCGCAGUUUAUUCCCCAGGAGGAUGUCAGGCGCCUUCCGUGCAUGCAUUUAUUCCACAAGGAUUGCGUGGACCAGUGGCUGGUCACGAACAAGCACUGCCCGAUCUGCCGCGUCGACAUCGAGGUGCAGAAGAACAUCAGCGAUAUUUGACACCGCGGCCGACGGUCAUCUGCUGAACGGCGGGAAGAGGCGGAGGAGGAGCAGGAGGAACGGGAAGCCGGCAAUGUGCUGUUGUAUUUCUUCCACUGAGUUUUUUUUUUCUGUGCGUGUUAAAUUUCUGUUCGAAGAAAACAGCGGAAGAUUAUUUUAGUUUUAAGCGUAAUCGAUUCGAUUAGUCAAGGUGAUGAUGAUCUGUAUGAUUUGUUUUUUCUUUCUUUUUGUAGCUUUUUGCUCUUGCUUCCUUAUCACCAUAUAUUUAUGGAACAGCGUCUUAAGAUUAUUUUUUUUUGCUUUAUUUUGUAAAGAUUUAUGUGCAUUGGAAAAGCUCAACAGUCAAAUACCUGUGUCUGUAAUAAUAUAAAUACUUUUUUUUCUGUAGCUCUCGCCACAGUGGCGAUGCAUUGGCUAUAGCUAGUUUGUUGGAAAGAUGUAUGUAAUGGUACGAAUAAAAUAUCCCUUUUUCAUGUUAUAAAA